GCCACACAUCCUUGGCAGACCGGAUUGCCCCACGUCUGAUGCAGGGGUUUCAGCCCUACCCACCAGAGCCAUCACACAUCACCAUCACCACUGUAUGGAAAACAGAACGUACUUGGGAAGGCGAUUUCGCGAGCGACUGUAUGCAAUAAGAGUGACUGUGACUGUACCAACUUGAUAUUCCUUCCAUCUUCUGAAUAUUCGGCGGAGGAUAAAGUCUUGUGGCAGAUGGCUGGUGCGGCGCGCCGUGCUCCAGACCUCAUCGACAUGAUGGGAGGCGAUUCGGAGGUCCCAGGAGCGGGGCAUCGCCGCCCUCAGCGCAAGAGGGUGAGGACGACGAGGGCGCUGGAGUCGAUGCGACAACGAGAUGAUAUGGAUUGGGAAGAGGAAAAUAGUAGUAAGAAAAGGCUAGGAAACGACAAGAAUGUCACAAUUCGGGCUGCAGCCGCCGACGACGCGAGCGAGGAAGUCCAGGGCACCGAACAACGUGCGGAUCAUGACUUCAACACGAAACUAGCCAUCAAGGAGGCAGAAUUCCAGUUCGAAUUCCGAAAACUCAGGGACAAGAUGGCAGAGGACGUCGCCAAAAUGACGGCCCAGUUGACCCAAGAGCUCUCGCAAGCGCGAGAGGACCUCAAGCAAGCUCGCAGCGAGCUGGAGCACACUAGGCUUCAACUGCACGCUAUGACAUGGCUCAAGGAGCCCAAUCGAGCCGGCCAGCGUAUGCGGACGUCGCACGACAUACCCCGCCGAUCAGCGUUCCUACCCCAGCCUCCUCCACCGGUCGGGGUGCCGGAGGAGCACGCCAAUGAAGCUACACCAAUGGCGCUUCGCAAGCUCGUUGAGAAGGAGAUGCAAUCGCCUGGCGACCAGCCUAGUUGGCGGUGUGCUGCGGUCACGACGGAUGGAGGAACUGCCAACCGCCUUAGGGUUGUGGGCAGGAACAAGGACGAGCUGAAAAAGAUCAAGGAUAUCCUUGAAGCCAAGAAGGCGCCAGGUGCAAGGGUCCUUCGGGACCAGUUGUACCCAGUCAAAGUUGACAACGUCAACAGUACGGCGGUCAUCGACCAUGGAGGCAAGGUCCUCCUCGGGGCCGCAGAAGCCCUCGGUCAGGAGAACGACGUGCAAAUUGCCAAGUUGGCCUAG